CCCACGUCAGCAAAGUCGACCAUUCGGUCUGAACGGGUUUCGGUCUUUAGGGCUGAGCAGGAAGUGCUUGAGUGGGAACCCUGUUUGUAAAAAACAGGGGGAGAGGCCAGCAGAAAUAAAAGAUGGAAAUGGUGACAGACAUGGGGUCGACUCGACUCUAUCGGCCAUCGGGUGAACCGGGUCAUCAUCAGCAGGCCCAGCGAUGGUUCAACGCGGCGGACAUCACGGUGGCCCACCAGAGACACCUGCUGAAGCAGCUGGACCAGCAGCGCUGCCAGGAGCUGUUCUGCGACUGCAGCGUGCUGGUGGAGGGGCAGCUGUUCCGCGCCCACCGCAACGUCCUCUUCGCCAGCAGCGGCUACUUCCGCAUGCUGCUCUCCCCCCAGGGCUCGGACACGGCCUCGGCCACCUUCGACACCUUCAGCCCCGACACCUUCGCCCUCAUCCUGGACUUCAUCUACUCGGGUCAGCUGGACCUGUCCAGCCACAACGUGAUCGAGGUGAUGUCGGCCGCCAGCUACCUGCAGAUGACCAGCGUCAUCAACCACUGCAAGACCUUCAUCAAGUCCUCCCUGGAGAUCAGCGUGAAGGAGGAAGAGGAGGAGCUGGUGGUGGAGAGGGGUGGGGGCGGGGGCGGCAUCCACCUGAUGGAGGCGCAGGGCCCCUUCUCCUGCGGCGACGACGACGACGACGACGACGACGACGACGAGAACCUCUCGGACCAGGAGGUCGAUCGUCCUCAUCAUCCGCCCCCUCAUCUCCGUCUCCACCCGCAGGGCGCUCAGACCCCCGCGGGCUCCGUGAGCCCCCCGCCGGCCCUGUGGACCCACGACGGGGCCCACCUCACCAAGCAGGUGUUCCUGCUGAAGGACCCGGAUCAGACGGCGCCGUCGCUGGCCGCCAGGGCCGACAGCGGCGGCGACGGGGACGGCUUGAGCCCGGCUCACGAGGGGCUGGAGGAGGCCAACACGGGGGCGGAGGACCCCCUGGACCCCCUGUUCACCGUGUCGGGCCCGGAGCAGCGGCGCAGGAAGAGGGGGGCCCGGAGGACGGGCCCCUACUGCACGCGCUCGUCCACCAACAACGACCCCCCCGAGGUGCAGGAGGCCCGCUCGCAGAAGGCGGAGAAGGCGGAGGAGCUGUACGCCACCCUGCCCACCAUCGUGGGCGUCAUCGGACAGUUCCAUAACGGUGAUAUUUCCGACUCCAACCCCACCAUGCGCUACAAGUGUCCCUUCUGCACGCACACGGUCAAGAGGAAGGCGGACCUGAAGCGCCACCUGCGCUGCCACACGGGCGAGCGGCCGUACCCCUGCCAGGCCUGCAACAAGCGCUUCACCCGGCUGGAACACCUGCGCAGCCAUUUUGAAACGAUCCAUCAGGCGCGGAAGCUGGUGUGCAAGAAGUGCAAGUGUCCGCUGACGGAGGAGGCCAGCCACGUGGUGUGCGAGGGCACGCGGCGCUACCGCAUUUGCGCCACGUGCAUCCAGGAGGAAGUGGGCUUUGAAAGCCUUCCCAUGGAGGACAGCCUGGAGGGCCUUGACCAGGAGCCGGCCCUGCUCCUGGGGGUGGACGGCGAGGAGGAGGGGGAGACCCAGAGGUCCUGGCUGACCAGCAUGGAGCAGGAGCAGGAUGAAGACGAGGACAAUCUGGCGGAAGACUCGGGGACCGAUCUCAUCAUCCACGAGGUGGACGACAGCGACGAGGAAGUGCAGUGAACAGAGGCCUGUGUGUGUGUGUGUGUGUGUGUGUGUGUGUGUGUGUGUGUGUGUGUGUGUGUGUGUGUGUGUGUGUGUGUGUGUGUGUGUGUGUGUGUGUGUGUGUGUGUGUGUGUGUGUGUGUGUGUGUCAGUGCACACACUGAGGACUGAUGUUCAUGACUGAGGUUUAUAUGCUGUAUCAUCUGGUGAACUAUGAAAAUGCAAAUGUUAACGUAAACUGGUUAGAGCCAAGGGGGGAAAUAUUAUUUCAGGAUUAAUAUUUUUAAUCCAGUGGAGAUUUUGUGAUUACUUAUAAGUUUAAAGUAUUCAAAGCAUGCACUAGGUACAGUUUUCAUUUCUUAAUACAAUUAUGUUAUUGAAUCAUGCAUGCAAUGGCCUUCCCAAUAAUGAAACUGUUUAGAAGAAAUCCAGGUUUGACAAAAUAUCGAGCGCACUAACGAGAAUGUGCCAAAAUCAAUGAGUUUAUUUAAUAUACACAUUUCUAGUUCAUGUUCCUCUGUGAGACUUUGAUAUCACAGUUUGAGUUAUUGUAUACAUACUUGAAAGUAUUUAUUAAAAUAUUUUUUUUUAUUACGUUUUUCACAAAUUAAAGAUAUUUUCAUAUUA